ACUCAUACAACUGGGCCUUGGGCACUGGCAAUCGGGCGUUGACUCGCCCAUCAUUACUGUACUAGUAGACUGCACUGACAAACGUAUGACUGAGGUUAUGUCUAAUGGUAAAUAGUAAUAAAUUGAAAUAGUGCUAAAUAUUUUCUUUAUCAAAAGAGACUCUAAGACGUCAUCGUCAGUUUAGAACGUGGACAUCUAUGGUAUGUUAACCGCAAACACUGGAAAUCUACUUGAAGUCACUCAGUAAUAAUUCGCUCAACGCUGUCACUCUUGAAACUGGAUUAUUCACCACUUGAAAUUUGGAAUAUAGAUUUCACUCCAGCCCCCGAUAAACUUUGAGUGUCUGUUGCGUUAUCCUGGCUAUGAUGGCCACCAGUUCAGCACUAGCUGUGUAUCGAUUACCUGUAAAUAUUGUACCCACUCAUUAUGAUCUCGACAUCAUAACUUUCUUGGAACCAGACAAUUUCAGCUUCCAGGGAAACGUGAAGAUCAAGGUGAAAUGCUCUCAGGCAACAGAUAUAAUCAAAGUGCAUGCUCGGGACCUGGAUUUUGAUAAGGAAAAGAUAUCUGUAACGGCAGAUACAGGUAACUCCCUGAACAUUGCGGACUCCUACAGUGACGUUGACAAUGAAUUCUAUGUGGUGAAAACAAAAGAACCCCUAAAAGGUGGAGAGCUCUACUCUUUAAAUUUAUCAUUCCAUGGUCUGCUGAAGGAGAACCUGAUCGGUUACUACCGCUCUUACUAUACUGAUCCUGAAACAAACACUACCAAAUGGCUGACGGUGACUCAUUUUGAGCCGAGUGAUGCGCGCCAAGCCUUUCCAUGCUUUGACGAGCCGGCCAUGAAAGCCACAUUCACCAUUCGCCUUGCCCACAAAGACAACUAUAAGUCCGUCAGCAACAUGCCUCUCAAAAACACCACCCCAUUUGAGAAUAAACCAGGCUGGGUGUGGGACGAGUUUGAGACGACAGUCCCGAUGUCUACCUACCUCGUUGCCUACAUGGUCAGUGACUUUGAGUUCCAACAGUCGGAAACCACAUCCAACAACGUGCUGUUUAGAGUGUGGACACACCGCGAUGUGCUUCAUCAAACAGAGUUCGCAAGCCGGGUUGGUCCAAGGUUCCUCUCAUUUUAUGAAGAUUUUUUUGAUGUCAAGUAUCCACUUCCAAAACAGGAUCUCCUGGCGAUACCGGAUUUCAAAAUAGGAGCUAUGGAAAACUGGGGUAUUAUCACUUUCAGGGAGGUUGCAUUGCUCAUGGAUGAAAAGGAGACUUCCAGCAGGGCGAAGCUCAGGAUUGCCAACGUAAUAGCUCAUGAACUGGCUCACAUGUGGUUUGGCAACUUGGUCACGAUGCAGUGGUGGACUGACCUUUGGCUCAAGGAGGGCUUUGCUACCUAUAUGGCUGGGCUCAGUGUCCAUCAUGAAUUUCCGGAAUGGAACUCCCUUGAUGAAUCAGCAUUAAGUGAUUUGUUGAAUGUAUUUAACCUGGACUCCCUGAAGUCAUCUCAUCCAGUGUCAGUGCCCAUCGGACAUCCGAAUGAGAUAAUGCAGAUAUUUGACGCCAUCUCGUAUGACAAGGGUUCGUUCCUACUGCGCAUGAUGAGUCUGUUCCUGGGAGAGAACGUAUUCAAGAGAGGUGUCAGUGAAUACCUGAAGAAACACAAGUAUGGCAAUGCAGAACAAGAUGAUCUCUGGGUUUCGCUCACAGAGCAAGCUCAUAAGCACAAUGCGUUGCCCCCAGAGCUGAGUGUGAAGCAGAUUAUGGACACCUGGACACUACAGACCGGGUAUCCUCUCAUCACAGUUACCCGGGAUUACCAGAACCGGAAGGCAACUGUGUCUCAGGAAAGAUACUUAGCGAUAAAAUCAACCAACCCAGAGGACUACAAGGGGUGUUGGUGGGUACCUCUGAGUUAUUCUACAUCCAAGGAGCCAGAUUUCAACAGAACCCAACCCCAGCAGUGGCUUAGCUGUGAUAAGACUAGUGCUGAGCUGGAUGUUGGAGUAGGCAAAGGGGAGUGGUUCAUCCUCAACAACCGGGCUGCAGGUUUGUACAGAGUAAACUACGACCAGGAGAAUUGGGAAAUGCUGGCUGCUUUGCUCAAUUCCCCGCAGCACACCCAAGUCGAUGCAUUGAACCGUGCACAGUUGAUCAUUGACGUGAUGGACGUGGCAGAAUUAGGACGACUGAGUUAUCAGUUGGCCUUUGAGAUCAUCGGUUCGUUGCGGCACGAGAAGGAGUUUCUGCCGUGGGAAGCAGGUCUGGCAAAGCUGGAGCCAAUUAAAACUAUGCUCUCUAGGACAGCCAACUAUGGAAGCUUUAAGAAAUUUAUCCAAAAGCUGAUGGCCCCCAUAGUGAGCAGCCUAGGUACCCUGACUGAGGAACCCAGUACAUUUGAACAGAGCAGACUGCUGAGUUGCAUAGCUACUUGGGCUUGCCCUCUCGAGGUCGGAGACUUUGCCAGCCAGGCCAGCCAACUGUACAAGCAAUGGCGCAGUAGUCCCAACCCUGACACUGAUAACCCUAUACCCAAGGACGUGAGGAGUGCAGUGUACAGUCACAUUGUGAGAGAAGGCAAAGUGGAAGAGUGGGACUUUCUGUGGGAGAGAUACAAGAACACAAACCUCAGCACAGAGAAGACCAAUAUCAUGAUUGCACUAACUACUACAAAAGAAGUAUGGCUUCUAAACAGAUGUUUGGAUUGGACCCUUGACAGCAAUUCUGGUAUAAGGAAACAAGAAUCCUUCAUCAUGUUUGCCUUAGUUGCCAAACAAGAGACCGGCUUCUAUGUAGCCCAGAAGUUCUUCUUUAGGAACAUCAAGCGAAUAUCAGAUUACUUUGGUGCAACGUCGGCCUUGAUCGGCCGCUAUAUCACGGCCAUAGCUCAACAGAUGAUUCAUCCAAAAGAACUUGAAGAGCUGAAGUGGUUUGUAGAUUCUAAUGAAGAGUUAUUGGCUCCUGCCAGUCUGGCUGUGACCCAAGCUUUGGAGAGUGUUCAAAUCAACAUUGACUGGAUGAAGAAUCACUACUCUGCCAUCUCUACAGUUCUCAGUGAAGUCACAGGAUCAUAGUCACAUUUAGUCUUUUAGUACGUCAUCCAACAAAGAUAUCCUGUUCCAAUUCUACUUACAUUAACAUUAUCAUUAUUUUCCCAUGUUUUUGGAGCAAAUUUGAUUUUGCUUCAAUUUUGUUAUUAUAUAAUGUAAUACUCAAUAGAUAAAAUAUUUUUAAUGUAAGUAAUUAUCUAAGAUAUAUUACUAUGUUUGCUAUAUUAAUAAACACAUCAGUGAUGUAGCCAAAAAAGUUUUGGGAGAGCUACAACAUAUAACUCUCACUUCCUUAGGAUUGUAGUGUUAAAAAACAUGUUUACAGUAGAUAAAACUAGUUUUUAAAACUUUAUUUUAAGCAGAGCAAACUUGUAAGGUAUUAAAAUAAUGAAUUGAUCCAUUGAGUCCUGUAGGAGCCGGCAUACAGGGCAUCAUUCAGUGGGCAUGUAAGAUAUCUGUAAAAAAGGUAUGUUUUUAAAUAUUCAACGAGCUAUUGAAGUUUUUUCAGAUAUGGAAUUAUUCUGAAAAGACGAUUAUUUUCAUAGCAUAAUUCCAAUUUGUGAAACAGUAAGACUUUGAUUUAUUUUUACAUUGAAGGGUUAUUGUGUUGGUUAACCUUGAAAAACAAAGAAGAUUAUGAUUUCUCUUUAGCUUUAAAAAAAAUAUCUUUAUAUUUUAAUAAUUUUGUUUAAAAAUUACUAUGAUGAACAUGUAUGUAAUAUAUGAUUAAUAUUUACAAUAUGAGCUUACAUUAUUUGUUAAUGUUAUUAGCUCUCUGGCUACAUCCCUGAAGCUUCUUUUGUUUUAUAUACAUGAGAGUUAUCCAGAAAGUAAUCUAAGAUUUGAAAUAAAAAGUAAACCGGUGAAGAUAAAAAAAGUGAUUACAAAGAUGUGAUACUUAAACUUUCCUUUAUUUAUUACAUAGCCGUCAAACAAAUACAAACAGAGUUAUAUCUUUGAAGAGUCUUUGAAAUAUCCCCUGCAAAAUACCCACCUUCUGUGAGUUUAGCCAACCUGUCAUGGUGUUUUGAACCUCUUUGUCACUGGGAAAUUUCAGUAAAGUGAUUGGAAAGUUCAGAAACUGUGGAGUAAUGGUUCUUACGAACAUUUUCAUUAUUGGCUCCUCUCAUCAUCGUGAAAGCUUGUUCCUCCAUUUAAAAAAUAGCACCCAUUGACAGAUUACACUUCACUCAUAAUGUUUGGGCCAUUAACCACACACGAUUCACAAUGAGUCUCGGCUGCUAAGUGAUUUGCCACUUAAAGAAAUCUUUUAUAUCCACGCACUUCAAACUUGGUAGGAUUUGUAUCACGUCACUCAUGUUUUGAGGUUAUAUGAAUGCACGGAUGCCUUGCGCAGUUAGAAGCGUACUGUACCACUGUCAUGAUGGUAGUACUACCCCCACUUCUCCCCGUGCUAUGCAAACGUUGGUUACUUUCUGGAUAACCCAAGUACUGGGCCUUAUGAAAUCAUCUGUUACUUGAAAAUUAAUCAGGUACCUGAAAUACUAUGUAUUAAGAAAUUCUGGCAAUAGCUUGCUAUCAAAAGAUGAAGAGUAUUAUUUUGUUCACUUUGAGUAAUAAAAAUAAUUUUACUAUAAAAA